UCAGGGCAUGCUGUACUCAAGGUAGCUGAGGUUGACAGCCCUGUACAAGCUGUUUCUUCAGUUUCAUCUAAAGUGCUGCUUACCACUACUCAGGUAACAGUGAGGGUUGCAAAUAUCCCAGUGGUGCAACAAGCAGUAAAACUAAAUGUUGAGGAAACUUUACCUGCCGUUCAGGACAACCAGCACUCAAAUGAGACUGAGGUUUUGAAGAGCUAUAGAGAGUCAAAGAGUGUCUUUGAGAUGCAACUGAAGAAGAACAGAGAACUCGUUCUCUCUGAAUUUCCUGAAGAUAUAGUGGACACGUCAGUCCUGCGCAUCAGGUGUCAAGAAUUACAGGCAGCGCAAGAGGAGACUGAAACUUGUUGGUUUGAGUUUGAAAUUCAGUCUUCACAGCUUAAAGGAAACAUGAGGGAACCUGAAACCAGGAAAAGAAUAAACCACGAGUGGAGAGAACUCAAGCCAAGCCUCCAAGCCAGACUGAAGUCCAUGGAAACUACAGUGGGAAUCCUUGUUCCCGUGGAGAUUCAAGUCACUCAGCUUUCUGAUUUACUAGACCAGUACCAAAAGAAGCCCAAGACUCUAAGUCGUUUUACAGUGACUGGUGAUGACUCAGUUCAAAAGGAUAUAAAGGAACUUCAAGAACGUAUCCAGCGCCACAUAGUAAACAGCAGUGUCUUAGAGAAACCAGGGAGCCCCUCUGUUGCAGGAUUAGACUCCAGAGACCAACUGGCAAUCCAUAAGAUUGUUCUUGUUUGCAAAAAGAAACUACAAAAGAUGAUCUAUAGCAUACAUGACAGCGAGAUGGUCAUGAAAACCCUAGAAGCCUUUUUAGUGUCACUGAGAACGGCUGAAAAUGAUAUUGAUCGUUUUCGAGCUGCUCCAUCUGUGGAUGUGGUUGCCUUGAGCAAAAGCAAAGUAAAGUUAGAAGUGAUCCAGAAAGAUAUAAACUUCAUGAGGGACAAAGCCGUCCACAUAGAUGAGCUGCUGAACAAGGCUAAUAUCUGCCUGCAGGAAGCUGAAUCCAGUAAAGCAAUGACCUGUCAGCAAAUGAUUACAGUACUUUCCCAGAAACUAGAGGACACAAAUGUCAUUUUUACGAAACAUGAACAAAAUCUUCAACAAGAAAAAGUGCUCUGGCCAAUCCUUGUUAGAAAGGAGGACCUGAUAAAAAGUCUAUGGGAAGUACAACAGAAAACCGACAGUGAGUUACUGAAGGAACCAACAUUACCAGCACUUCAGCAAAGGUUGAGGUUCUUAAAAGAACUAAAGAACAAUCUGGGUUCCUUUGAAAGAGAACUGCUAAAACUCAGGGACUCAGCCAAUCAGCUUGUACUGAUGUCAAGCGAGGAAAAAGCCAAACAUCUUGUGGACUUGGAGACACUGUGGGAGAAAACAGAGAGAUCAGUAACCGAGAGAUUGAAAUCCGUGGAAACUGCUGUAGGAUUCCUUGUUCCAUUGGAUAGUGAAGUCGCUCAGCUUUCUGAUUUACUAGACCAGUUCAAAAAGAAGCCCAAGACUUUGAACCGGUUUACAAUGCCUGCUGCUGCCUCUGUGCAAAAGGAUUUAAAGGAACUUCAGAGACGCAUACAGCGCAACAUUAGAAACAGCAGUGCGUUUGAGAAAUUAGAGAGCCCAGCUGUUUCUGGCUUGGACCCGAGAGAUCAACAAGUGAUCCAGAGCAUUGUGCUUGUUUGUAAAAAUAAACUGGAAGAGAUGGACCACAGCGUGCAUGACAGUGAGGUGGCCAUGAAAACCCUGGAAGCCUUUUUAUCAUCACUGAGAACGACUGAAAAUGAUAUUGAUCGUUUACAAGCUACUCCACAUAUGGUUUCUUUACCCAAAAACAAAGUAGAAUUAGAAGCAAACCAGCAAGAUAUAAACUCCAUGAGGGACAAAGCCGUCCGCAUAGAUGAGCUGCUGAAGAAGGCUGAUAUCUGCCUGCAGGAAGCUGAAUCCAGUAAAGCAAUGACCUGUCAGCAAAUGAUUGCAGUACUUUCCCAGAAACUAGAGGACACAAAUGAGUUUUUAAUGAAACAUGAACAAAGACUUCAACAAGAAGAAGUGGUUCGGUCAAUCCUUGUUAGAAAGGAGGAUCUGAUGAAAAAUCUACGGGAGAUACAAGAGAAAACCGACAGCAAGGGACUGAAGGAACCAACACUACCUGCACUUCAGCAAAGGUUGAGGUUCUUAAGCGAACUAAGGAACAAUCUGGGCUCCUUUGAAGGAAAACUGCUAAAACUCAGAGAAACAGCCAAUCAGCUUGUACUGAUGUCAAGUGAGGAAAAAGCCAAGCAUCUUGUGGACUUGGAGACAUUGUGGGAGGAAACAGAGAGAUCAGUAACUGAGGGAUUGAAAUCCAUGGAAACUGCUGUAGGAUUCCUUGUCCCAUUGGAUAGUGAAGUCGCUCAGCUUUCUGAUUCACUAGACCAGUUCAAAAAGAAGCCCAAGACUUUGAACCGGUUUGCAAUGCCUGCUGCUGCCUCUGUUCAAAAGGAUUUGAAGGAACUUCAGGAAAGUAUCCAGCUCAACAUCAGAAACAGCAGUACAUUUGAGAGACUGGAGAGCCUGGCUGCUGCAGGAUUGGGCAGCAGAGAUCAGCAAGCGAUCCAGAGCAUUGUGCUUGUCUGUACAAAUAAACUGGAAGAGAUGGACCACAGCGUGCAUGACAGUGAGGUGGCCAUGAAAACCCUGGAAGCCUUGUUAGCAUCACUGAGAGCAGCUGAAAAGGAUAUUGAUCAUUUACAAGCUACUCCGUCUUCAGAUGUGAUUUCUGUACGCAAAACCAAAGUACAGUUACAAGCGAUCCAGCAAGAUAUAAACUCCAUGAGGGACAAAGCCGUCCACAUAGAUGAGCUGCUGAACAAGGCUAAUAUCUGCCUGCAGGAAGCUGAAUCCAGUAAAGCAAUGACCUGUCAGCAAAUGAUUGCAGUACUUUCCCAGAAACUAGAGGACACAAAUGAGUUUUUAAUGAAACACGAACAAAGACUUCAACAAGAAGAAGUGGUUCGGUCAAUCCUUGUUAGAAAGGAGGAUCUGAUAAAAAAUCUACGGGAGAUACAAGAGAAAACCGACAGCGAGGGACUGAAGGAACCGACAUUACCUGCACUUCAGCAAAGGUUGAGGUUCUUAAGCGAACUAAGGAACAAUCUGGGCUCCUUUGAAGGAAAACUGCUAAAACUCAGAGAAACAGCCAAUCAGCUUGUACUGAUGUCAAGUGAGGAAAAAGCCAAGCAUCUUGUGGACUUGGAGACAUUGUGGGAGGAAACAGAGAGAUCAGUAACUGAGGGAUUGAAAUCCAUGGAAACUGCUGUAGGAUUCCUUGUCCCAUUGGAUAGUGAAGUCGCUCAGCUUUCUGAUUCACUAGACCAGUUCAAAAAGAAGCCCAAGACUUUGAACCGGUUUGCAAUGCCUGCUGCUGCCUCUGUUCAAAAGGAUUUGAAGGAACUUCAGGAAAGUAUCCAGCUCAACAUCAGAAACAGCAGUACAUUUGAGAGACUGGAGAGCCUGGCUGCUGCAGGAUUGGGCAGCAGAGAUCAGCAAGCGAUCCAGAGCAUUGUGCUUGUCUGUACAAAUAAACUGGAAGAGAUGGACCACAGCGUGCAUGACAGUGAGGUGGCCAUGAAAACCCUGGAAGCCUUGUUAGCAUCACUGAGAGCAGCUGAAAAGGAUAUUGAUCAUUUACAAGCUACUCCGUCUUCAGAUGUGAUUUCUGUACGCAAAACCAAAGUACAGUUACAAGCGAUCCAGCAAGAUAUAAACUCCAUGAGGGACAAAGCCGUCCACAUAGAUGAGCUGCUGAACAAGGCUAAUAUCUGCCUGCAGGAAGCUGAAUCCAGUAAAGCAAUGACCUGUCAGCAAAUGAUUGCAGUACUUUCCCAGAAACUAGAGGACACAAAUGAGUUUUUAAUGAAACACGAACAAAGACUUCAACAAGAAGAAGUGGUUCGGUCAAUCCUUGUUAGAAAGGAGGAUCUGAUAAAAAAUCUACGGGAGAUACAAGAGAAAACCGACAGCGAGGGACUGAAGGAACCGACAUUACCUGCACUUCAGCAAAGGUUGAGGUUCUUAAGCGAACUAAGGAACAAUCUGGGCUCCUUUGAAGGAAAACUGCUAAAACUCAGAGAAACAGCCAAUCAGCUUGUACUGAUGUCAAGUGAGGAAAAAGCCAAGCAUCUUGUGGACUUGGAGACAUUGUGGGAGGAAACAGAGAGAUCAGUAACCGAGAGAUUGAAAUCCAUGGAAACUGCUGUAGGAUUCCUUGUCCCAUUGGAUAGUGAAGUCGCUCAGCUUUCUGAUUCACUAGACCAGUUCAAAAAGAAGCCCAAGACUUUGAACCGGUUUGCAAUGCCUGCUGCUGCCUCUGUGCAAAAGGAUUUGAAGGAACUUCAGGAAAGUAUCCAGCUCAACAUCAGAAACAGCAGUACAUUUGAGAGACUGGAGAGCCUGGCUGCUGCAGGAUUGGGCAGCAGAGAUCAGCAAGCGAUCCAGAGCAUUGUGCUUGUCUGUACAAAUAAACUGGAAGAGAUGGACCACAGCGUGCAUGACAGUGAGGUGGCCAUGAAAACCCUGGAAGCCUUGUUAGCAUCACUGAGAGCAGCUGAAAAGGAUAUUGAUCAUUUACAAGCUACUCCGUCUUCAGAUGUGAUUUCUGUACGCAAAACCAAAGUACAGUUACAAGCGAUCCAGCAAGAUAUAAACUCCAUGAGGGACAAAGCCGUCCACAUAGAUGAGCUGCUGAACAAGGCUAAUAUCUGCCUGCAGGAAGCUGAAUCCAGUAAAGCAAUGACCUGUCAGCAAAUGAUUGCAGUACUUUCCCAGAAACUAGAGGACACAAAUGAGUUUUUAAUGAAACACGAACAAAGACUUCAACAAGAAGAAGUGGUUCGGUCAAUCCUUGUUAGAAAGGAGGAUCUGAUAAAAAAUCUACGGGCGAUACAAGAGAAAACCGACAGCGAGGGACUGAAGGAACCGACAUUACCUGCACUUCAGCAAAGGUUGAGGUUCUUAAGCGAACUAAGGAACAAUCUGGGCUCCUUUGAAGGAAAACUGCUAAAACUCAGAGAAACAGCCAAUCAGCUUGUACUGAUGUCAAGUGAGGAAAAAGCCAAGCAUCUUGUGGACUUGGAGACACUGUGGGAGGAAACAGAGAGAUCAGUAACCGAGAGAUUGAAAUCCAUGGAAACUGCUGUAGGAUUCCUUGUCCCAUUGGAUAGUGAAGUCGCUCAGCUUUCUGAUUCACUAGACCAGUUCAAAAAGAAGCCCAAGACUUUGAACCGGUUUGCAAUGCCUGCUGCUGCCUCUGUGCAAAAGGAUUUGAAGGAACUUCAGGAAAGUAUCCAGCUCAACAUCAGAAACAGCAGUACAUUUGAGAGACUGGAGAGCCUGGCUGCUGCAGGAUUGGGCAGCAGAGAUCAGCAAGCGAUCCAGAGCAUUGUGCUUGUCUGUACAAAUAAACUGGAAGAGAUGGACCACAGCGUGCAUGACAGUGAGGUGGCCAUGAAAACCCUGGAAGCCUUGUUAGCAUCACUGAGAGCAGCUGAAAAGGAUAUUGAUCAUUUACAAGCUACUCCGUCUUCAGAUGUGAUUUCUGUACGCAAAACCAAAGUACAGUUACAAGCGAUCCAGCAAGAUAUAAACUCCAUGAGGGACAAAGCCGUCCACAUAGAUGAGCUGCUGAACAAGGCUAAUAUCUGCCUGCAGGAAGCUGAAUCCAGUAAAGCAAUGACCUGUCAGCAAAUGAUUGCAGUACUUUCCCAGAAACUAGAGGACACAAAUGAGUUUUUAAUGAAACACGAACAAAGACUUCAACAAGAAGAAGUGGUUCGGUCAAUCCUUGUUAGAAAGGAGGAUCUGAUAAAAAAUCUACGGGAGAUACAAGAGAAAACCGACAGCGAGGGACUGAAGGAACCGACAUUACCUGCACUUCAGCAAAGGUUGAAGUUCUUAAGCGAACUAAGGAACAAUCUGGGCUCCUUUGAAGGAAAACUGCUAAAACUCAGAGAAACAGCCAAUCAGCUUGUACUGAUGUCAAGUGAGGAAAAAGCCAAGCAUCUUGUGGACUUGGAGACACUGUGGGAGGAAACAGAGAGAUCAGUAACCGAGAGAUUGAAAUCCAUGGAAACUGCUGUAGGAUUCCUUGUCCCAUUGGAUAGUGAAGUCGCUCAGCUUUCUGAUUCACUAGACCAGUUCAAAAAGAAGCCCAAGACUUUGAACCGGUUUGCAAUGCCUGCUGCUGCCUCUGUGCAAAAGGAUUUGAAGGAACUUCAGGAAAGUAUCCAGCUCAACAUCAGAAACAGCAGUACAUUUGAGAGACUGGAGAGCCUGGCUGCUGCAGGAUUGGGCAGCAGAGAUCAGCAAGCGAUCCAGAGCAUUGUGCUUGUCUGUACAAAUAAACUGGAAGAGAUGGACCACAGCGUGCAUGACAGUGAGGUGGCCAUGAAAACCCUGGAAGCCUUGUUAGCAUCACUGAGAGCAGCUGAAAAGGAUAUUGAUCAUUUACAAGCUACUCCGUCUUCAGAUGUGAUUUCUGUACGCAAAACCAAAGUACAGUUACAAGCGAUCCAGCAAGAUAUAAACUCCAUGAGGGACAAAGCCGUCCACAUAGAUGAGCUGCUGAACAAGGCUAAUAUCUGCCUGCAGGAAGCUGAAUCCAGUAAAGCAAUGACCUGUCAGCAAAUGAUUGCAGUACUUUCCCAGAAACUAGAGGACACAAAUGAGUUUUUAAUGAAACACGAACAAAGACUUCAACAAGAAGAAGUGGUUCGGUCAAUCCUUGUUAGAAAGGAGGAUCUGAUAAAAAAUCUACGGGAGAUACAAGAGAAAACCGACAGCGAGGGACUGAAGGAACCGACAUUACCUGCACUUCAGCAAAGGUUGAGGUUCUUAAGCGAACUAAGGAACAAUCUGGGCUCCUUUGAAGGAAAACUGCUAAAACUCAGAGAAACAGCCAAUCAGCUUGUACUGAUGUCAAGUGAGGAAAAAGCCAAGCAUCUUGUGGACUUGGAGACACUGUGGGAGGAAACAGAGAGAUCAGUAACUGAGAGAUUGAAAUCCAUGGAAACUGCUGUAAGAUUCCUUGUCCCAUUGAAUAGUGAAGUCGCUCAGCUUUCUGAUUCACUAGACCAGUUCAAAAAGAAGCCCAAGAUUUUGAACCGGUUUACAAUGCCUGCUGCUGCCUCUGUGCAGAAGGAUUUAAAGGAACUUCUGGAAAGUAUCCAGUGCUACAUCAGAAACAACUGUGCCUUUGAGAAAACAGGGAGCCCAGCUGUUGCUGGCUUGGACCCGAGAGACCAACAAGCGAUUCAAAGCAUUGUGCUUGUCUGUAUAAAUAAACUGGAAGAGAUGGACCACAGCGUGCAUGACAGUGAGGUGGCCAUGAAAACCCUGGAUGCCUUUUUAGCAUCACUGAGAAUGGCUGAAAAUGAUAUUGAUCGUUUACAAGCUACUCCACAUAUGGUUUCUCUAUGCAAAAACAAAGUAGAGUUAGAAGCGAUCCAGCAAGAUAUAAACUCCAUGAGGGACAAAGCCGUCCGCAUAGAUGAGCUGCUGAACAAGGCUAAUAUCUGCCUGCAGGAAGCUGAAUCCAGUAAAGCAAUGACCUGUCAGCAAAUGAUUGCAGUACUUUCCCAGAAACUAGAGGAAACAAAUGAGUUUUUAAUGAAACACGAACAAAGUCUUCAACAAGAAGUUCUCCUGUCAAUCCUUGUAAAAAAGAAUGCCCUGAUGGCACGUCUGCAGGAGGUUCAAGAGAAAGCAGACAGUGUGGGACUGAAGGAACCAACAUGGCCUGCACUCCACAAAAGGAUGAGGACCUUAGAAGAACUAGAGAACCAGCUGCGCUCCAAUGAAGGAGACCUGCAAAGACUAAGAGAAAGAGUCAAUCAUAUCCUUCCAAUGUCAAGUGAGGAGGAAACUAUUAGCCUUGUGGACCUGGAUACCCUGUGGGAGGAAACAGAACGAACAAUAACCGAGGGGCAAGAACAAUGCAGUGUGUUGAUGGGACAGCUGAAGAAAUUUCAAGGCUACCGAAGUGAUCUAUCCAACACUUUGCAGAGAGCAGAAACCAUCAUUUCAGAGCAGGCUUCUUAUAUGGGAAAGGACAACUUACACCGACUCAUAGAGAAGGUUAGCACAAUGAAGGAGGAGCUGAGUGGCUGUUCUAACCACAUUGAUGAAAUCCGGACCGUCUGCAGACAGCUGCAGUCACAGCUGAAUAAAAUCCAGAUCUGUAAAGACACUGCAUUUGAGAGCGAGGCCGACUCUCUCGUGGACCGGUGGUUAGAUGUGACUGAGAAGACUGACAUCUAUCUGGAUAAUGUAAAAUGCGGUCUGACACUGUGGGAGAAGCUUAUUAGUUUAGCCAGCGACAUUGAAGAAUGGACAACGAUCAAGCUGGGGGCAUUUUCAGAGCAUCAUCGCUUCAGAAACCAGCAGGAGAUCACAGAUUUGGAGGAUGAAAUACAGGCUCAGGAGAGGAAUAUUGAGCAUUUUCACUGUAGAGCUGCUGAGAUACAAGAGCUUCUGCAAAGCAAAGAAUCUCCUUUGGAGCUACAGGUCAUCGAAACCCAGCUAAAGAAGAGGAUGGAGCAGGUUAAAGAACUCUAUGAAGACAGCAGUGAAGUGUUUCAAGAGUUCACUGUUGUCAAGAAGCACAUUGCAGACAGACUCAUCCAGUCCCAUUGCUGUCUACAGGCUAUCGAACAGUCUGUACACAGCCUUGCUAUUUCUGACCAUCCAAACAUUUUUGAUCGAUUAAAGAGCAUCAGUGAGGACCUCCUGAAUCAGACAGAACAGGUGGAUUCUCUUCUGGAAGAGAUCAACCUCAUGGCCAGCGUGGCCAAUCCACAAGACCUGGCAGAAUUGAACAAGAACGGAGCAAAACUAACAGAAAACCUUCAAAGUGUCCAAGCAUUGCUCUUUGAAAAGGUCCACUCCACUGAGGACCACUUCACCCACCAGCUAAGUGAUGAGAUUAAAGUGAAUGAAGACUGGCUUCAGCAUAUUCAACUGUCAGUGAAUGAAUGUUUUGAAUAUCCUGAGCAAAGGCAGGAUGUUGAAGCUUCUCUCCAUAAACUAAAUGAUUUCCUGAUGUCUAAAGAGGGAGAAAAGAAAAUCCAGGACAUUGAAAAGCGCUUCAGUGAAAUAAGAGCCCAUCUGCCUGUGAAACACGCGAACCAGAUCAGUGGCUGGCUGCAUAACCAGGAGGCAGAGCUCAAGACAUUUACAUCACACUGCCAGCAAAAACACUGGGAUCUCCAGGACUGCUUAGAGUCACUCAAUAAGCUGCAAGAAGAGUACACGCUUCUUGAUCAGUGGUUGCAGAGCAAGGUACAGAAUUCCCCUCUGGCUGAAGGACUGGAGCAGUUCUAUCAGGAAAUUGUAAAAGAAAGGGAAAAGUUUGACAGCCUUAGUAGCUUUGUUGAUUCCUUAAGGAAGCGAGGGCUCACCUAUGACCAUGCUGUCAAAGAAUCUUCAAAACUGAUCGAAAGAUACCAAAAUCUGCUGGUGCAAAUUGCCACGGACACAGAAGCACAAGAGGCUCUUUCCAAAGACCUGGAGGCAUUUGAUUCUCUCAGAGACAGCACACUCACUUGGAUAACAGGUUUAAUAGAAAGCAUUGACACUGUGCGAUCAACAGAGGGCAGCAAAAGCUUGAUCGAAGAAAGAAUCCAGUGCACAGAGGAAAUCCUUCAGCGUAAACCUGAAGGGGAUUUGAAAAUACAACUCUUGGAAGAUGCAGGCGCUAAACUGGCAGAAAAGAUGCGCCUUAGAAAGCCUGAGACCGAGCAGACAAUAGUUGAGAUCAAAGGACAGUGGAAUAGUGCUUUACAAUCUGCAGAAGAGCAUUGCAGCCUCUUAAAGGAAAUUCUAGGUCGAUGGAACAGUUACUUGGAAGCCAAAGAAAAAUUUAAGUUAAAAAUAAGUGAAAUCUCGCAACAGAAAUUCAACCUUUCUCUGGAGUUCGUGUGGCCGGACCUGACAAGGAACUAUGAAUCAUUAGAGAAGUGCAGGAUGUUGCUACAAGAAGCCCACAGCAUAUUAACAGCAUUUGAUAUGCUAAAAGUGCAGAAAGAUGCCCUUUUUCACCUUACUCAUGAUGUGAGUUUUAAUGAAGCAUCUUGGGUUGAAAUGUUAAACCCUAAUCACUGUCUCAUGAAGGAUUUAAAGGGUUUGGUUCAUACGUUGGAAGAUAGCAUUCAGAGGAACCAUCGCUAUCAGAAAUUACUGAAGGAGUUCCAUACCACUCAACACUCAUUUAGCAAGGAAAUCCCAUCUCUCGGAGCUACUCCUAAAGAAAGACCAGCAUUGGAAAAGACCCUUAGUAGAUUAAAGAGUAUGCUGAUUCCCAUCUCCCGUCAAGAAGAAGUAUUAAGAGACAUAACAGCUCUGGGUGAUUCCCUGAAGAAAAAUACCACUCGGUCCGGGCAGGCAGCGAUCACACAGGAGAUUCAGAGCCUUCAGAGCCAGCACCAAGACACCAGAAGGGCAAUAAUGCAGGUGGAGGAGCACUGUGAAGGUUUGCUGAAUGAACUUCUCCAGUCAGAGAAGGAGUUUACCAGAAGAGUACAACAGAUGAAGCAAGAUGCUGCUGAACUAGAGGGAGAGUUGAGUGUGCUUCCCCAAACACAGAGUCCGAUACAGGAAAACUGCAGCUUGGAUGAGCUAGCAGAACACUGGAGGGUGAACAUGGGCACAAAGAACACUUUGGAUCGUCUUGAAAGCAGAGUAGAAAAUCUUAAAGCUGACCGACAGUUUUGCACAUCUCAGCAAAUGCUUCCAGAAGCAACUGUGGAUGCCUCUGAAGUAAUCCAAAUUUAUUACAGAUUAUUGUCGCAAACCUCAGACAGGUUGCACAGUAGUAAAGUGACCCUAGAAAAUCAUUUCUUCAAGCCUUUACAAGCUUUACAGCAAUGGACACUUACAGCCAAGUCAGCACUGUGUGUUCAAACCCACCUGUCUCCAGACUCUGCCCUUGCUACAAGUACCAUUCAGGAUCUUCUCAACCAGCGUGAAAUGCUAAAGAAAGAACUGGAGGAUAUUCUGUCAUAUCAAGAGCUCCUAAUGGAUGCUCUAGGGGAGGAGCAGAGCGAGAAGUUGACAACAGAAAUAUCGAAUACAUUACAAGAGGAGACUCAAUAUACCACCACCCUCUGUCAAGAACUACAGGCUCUUGAAGAUAGAAAGAGACACAAAGAGGAAAGCAGAUAUCAGCAGUCUGAUACAUUAGCUGGAGAAACUGGAAUCAAAAAGGAAAUACCUCAGCCUGAACUCCCAGAGGAACAGCAACAGAUUCGAACACCUCCGGUGUUGAUAAAAAACACCAGCUUAAUGACAAUUCAGGAUCAAAAUAAACAUGGAGAAGAAGGCAGUUAUCAUCUGAUUGACUGUCCACAUAGAGAAGCUGGAGUAGAAGUGGAACAAACCCCACUUCUGUCUUUAAUUAAACCUGACCUACUGGAGCAACAGAUUCAGACAUCUGAGACCCAUCAGGAUAUUCUGGUUCCGUCUGGUGACGGUCAAAAGGAGCUAAUAGAGGUAAGGUCAGCGGAGCAGCUACAGAUAGACAUCGGGGGGCAGGAGAAGAUGAUGGAGCUGGGAAUGUGUUCCUUCGUUUCCAGCCCUGGGAUCUUUGGGGAAACAAAGAGGUAUGAAGAUAAAAACAACUGGGAAGAGGCUACUGGUUCUGCUACAGUAAUUGGACUCCACGAGGAACAAACACCACUGCCUGACCUCCUGGUGGAACAGCAAGUGCUUCAAACACGUCAGAGCAAGAGGUCACAGUUCACAGAAUUAGAGCUGGAAUCGGAACACGUUCCUGCUGCUGAUAGCAGGAGUACUCAAGACCUUCAACAGCAAGAUGGUAAUCUGAAGGAAAUGCAAAUCUCCAAAGAUUUUCAGCUGGGGACUGAAACUGCCUCCCAAUUGCGCAGAACUGCUGAGUGCAUGGACAUUGAAGGAGACAAAUUGAAGAAGGCUUUGACAAGAUAUGCUGCUUUAAAAACAAAACUGGAGACAGAACUUAUUGAAGCCUCCCAAAGGGUCAGUUACCUUAAAAUUCAAGCUGCUGAACUAAAUAUAGAAGCAAUGAACAAACAGCUGAAUGAAAUAGAGGAAGUUUCCAGGGUCUUUGAACAGAAGCAAGCUGCCGCUUUGAAGCAGAUGGAAGAUGCUGAAGUCAGUGAACUCAGAACAGUACCCCAAACUGAUGUUGAACUCAUUCAGGCGCAGUGGAAUAAACAUGUACAAGACAUAUCCUCUCUAAAACAAUCCAAAGAAAGUCAGCUGUCUCUGAUUCAAGAAUAUCAUUGUAGCGCUUAUGCUGUCAGACACUUAACUGAAAAACUAUCAGCUGAGCUGGAAACCUUGAAAUUGGGUUCUGUGGAAAGUAGUUCAUUCCAUGCAGAAACAAUUCAAACAAUUCUAUCCACCGUCAAGCAUGAAAAAGUUAUCUUGCAAGAACUGGGCGGGAAGCAAGAGAAAAUAUCCCAGCACUUGAAUGAAACUGAGAACAAAGCUAUACAAAUUCAACUGGAAUACUGGGAUCAGAAGUGGAACCAGAUGGCAUCAGCAGCAGAAAGGACACUCUAUGUGGUGUCCAAAGAGGUUGAGGAGUACAGAUGCCUUCUGUUAGAGUCACAUGAGCUGCAGAAGCUGGUUGAUCACCUGCAGCAUUCACUUGCUGAUCUCAAGGGCUCGCCACCUGAGGAAGAAAUCGAUAAGAGGAAAAGCUGGAUGAUCCUAAGUACUGACCUAAUGGCUGCUCAACACAAUUUCACCCAUCUAAAGAGAAUCUCACAGAUAUUGAUUCAGCACAUGCUAGGGCAAAGGGAAAAGGACUGCUUGGAAACUUCAGUCCAUCAGUUGCAAGCCCGGUUAGACCUCAUGCAAGAACAAGCUUCAGCACACAGUGAGGAGGAGAAGGAGGACACCAGCAGCGCCACCGCGGUCGGCAAAAUUAUGAAGGUGAUGAAGAAGGCUUUCAUGUGGGUAAAGAAAGCUGAUGGUGACAUCACCGCGUAUAACAGAAUAGCGCUGUUUCCGGAAGACGUCAGUGUUCAGAUAAAUAAUUUCAAGGAAUUGCAGUCUGAAAUUAUAGCCAAGCAGUCCACAAUGGACUCCUUUGUUUCGGAGGUAAAGGUAAUGAUGUCAAGGUUGGAUGAGAAAGAUGUUUCUAAAGUGUCUUGUUUGCUGCAAACAUUGAAUGAUUUGCAUAAAUCAGCUGCUCAGAAAUCAAACCAAAAACUACAGGAACUGGAGUCUGCCUUGCAGGCUAGAGAAAGGUUAUUUGAAAAAAUUGCUUCUAUUAAUACCUGGGUAGAAGCACAUACCGAAAAAGAACACAUUAAGGAAAAUGACAGUGAAAGCAAUACUUUAGAGCUUGAGCAUCAAGUCAAAGAGAGUAAUGACAUUUUACACGAGUCCAAAGAACAGGAGAUGCUUCUGGAAUCUCUUUUGAUGAACAGCAAGGAGAUAUCUGCAGAGAUUAACAUUUCUGAAAACUAUUACUUGAGUGACAGAUUAAAAUGCCUGCAGAACAAUAUCAUAAGAGUUAUUACUUCUCAAAAAAAGAGAUGUUGGAAUAUAGAAGAAAUGUUAAAUACACAUAAAAAUACAGAAGGGAAAUUGGAAUCGCUGGCGUGUGAUCUGAAAGAGACAAUAUCGUGCAUGAACAUAGAUGGAAUUUUAUUAAGUAAGGAUGCUGUUUCCACUAGAAAUGCCUUAAAACUUAAAAUAUUAGAACACAAGUCUCAACUUGAUCAGUUAUGUAGCUGUGACUAUUUGGAAAAGGAAAAGCUGAGCAAACUACAAUCUCUGCUUGCUGAUACAGAGAAGAAAAUGAAAAAGUUGAAUUCAAGUGUUCAGGAAUAUGAUAAGUAUCAGACUGUUUUGCAAAACAUUGAGCAUCUCAAAGAACGUGCAGAGAAAGAAAUCCUGCACAUUAAAGAAGCGCCUGGUUUUAAAAUCGACAAACUUAAAAGAUGUCAGGUUCUUCUCCUUGAUCUCCAGCAAUGGUUGUUGUUAUGUCAACAGGCUGGUGACACGUUAAACAAGAUCUCCCCAACUUUGGAUCCAUCAUUGUUGGACUCUGAGGAACAGAGAAUCCAAUGUUUAGUAGAGGAGUGUAACAAGUGGAACCAGGCUCUCCAGAAGGAGUCUCUUGACCUUGAGAAACAACUUUUAGAGGAGCACGACUUCCAAAAAGUACAGGAAAGCACUUUGGACUUCUUAAAGGAAGCAAGGCAUGAGCUUGCAUCUUCAUGCACAAGCUUGGAUCAAGAAGUAGUUGAAAGGAAACUUCAAGAGUGCAAAGUCCUUCAAAACUACAUGCAAAUAUGCAUGCGUAUCCUCAAGUCUCUAGAGCGCAAAGAAGUUGAAUCUCUGAAGAAGGCAGCCUCAGAUUCACCUGGUACCACGGAGAAGAAGUGUAAUGAAAUAGAAGACAUGGAGAGACAGGUUAAGGAUGACUGUGUCUUACGUAUGGAUAUUUUGAUUAAAGCGAAGGAAGCAGCCAGAGAGUAUGAUGAAGUUGUUAGAACUGCUGCUGAUUUCCUCUGCCAGUCUGAAGCCAGCCUCCUGCACAGACCAGUCAACGUGAGCUUCUGUGAACUGCAGCUGCAGCAACACCAGCAAAACCUGAACAAGUGUCACGUUGGAUUCGAAUCCAAAAUCUCUGACUUGCAGCAAAUUCUCCCCAGACUGGAAAGCAUAUCUCACACUUUUUUGCCUCAACACGCAAAUAUAUUAAGUGAAUUGCUUGUAAGGAACGCAGUAUUGAGAGCGCAAGCUGAAAUCAAGCUAGAAAGAAUGCAAAGGUGUGCUGAAAAGUACAAAAGCUACAAAGAAUACAAGCAGGAGAUCUCCACUAAUUUCAAUAACUUGGAAAGGAUGUUUGCAACGUCUGUAUCUCAAAAAGCAACUUCUUACAAGGAAUCUCUAGAGCAGCUAGAAGAACUUAAGAUCUUGGUUGCAAAACUAGAUUCGAUGGAAGAUCUUGUAAAACUCAGAGCUAUAGCUUCAGCACUUCAGUGUGAAGAAGGGGACAGCUCCAGUAUCAAGCGAGAGGUCUCUGCACUGUGGUAUGCAUGGCUCCAGCUUCAGCAGUCUGCAAAGGAGCAUCAAGUCAGCUGUGAAAAUCUCAACAAAGAAUGGAAGUCAGUCAAUGAAAAUAUUGAAAGAGCUGCUGUCGUUCUGGACGAUCUACAGGAUGACCUGCCUGAAUGCUCCAAGGAGAAGGCAGCCAAAGAGGAUCUCCUUGACUUACAGAAACAUGUGAAUCAGUAUGAAGACAGUGUUAACAUCGAGCAGUCCUCUUUGGUCUUCCUGGUGCACAAAGUGAAGGCUCUUCUUGGAAUCACGGAAAACGCUGAGGCGCCAUCCAUUCCCAUUUGUCAGAAGUUGCAGGCAAUGCAAGAUCGGUAUAAAAAGUUGAAGCAGAAAGCUAUGAAGAGUCACAGGUCAAUACACACAGAGAUCCAGGAGCGUGAGAAGGUGAAAGAUGAGAUCAGAGGGGUAAAGGAAUGGUUACUGCCUGUUGUGUCACUGCUGUCUGUGGUGGACCACACACCCAUUGUAACAGACUUGGAGGAGGUUCAGACAGAGCUUGACACCCAGAGGGCAGUGGUUAAAAACAUCAUGGACAAGCUGAAAAUCAAGUACUCAGACAUGGACACCAUCAUCCCUGCAGAGAUAGAGGCCCAGCUCCAGGGGGUGAGCAGGACUCUCCAGGAGGUGGGAGAACAGGUAGAAAAGGCUGUUGUGCAGAACAGCCGUCACCAUUUACUGCAUAACAAAAUUGAAGAUAUUACCAACGGGCUUCAAAACGUGGACAAAAUGUUACAGCAAAAAAGCAAAACAGUAAAUCAAGCCAAGGAAAUGCAAAAGCGGAUUUGGGACGAGGUUGAUCGUUGGCAUUCCAGACUGACCUCGCUGGAGGCAGAGGUGCAGGACCUUGCUGAGCAGAACCCCAACCAGGCCCAACAAAUGAUGGACAGUUUGAUGGAGCCACUGCAGCUCUAUCAGAGAGCAGCGCAGCAGGCAGAACAGAGGACCGCUUUCCUUAGCAAGAUCACUAAUUCUCUACAAGAAUACAGUGAAAUGAUCAACAGCUCGAAUGUAUGGAUUAGCUAUACUCAGGCCUGGUUAUCAGUGGAAUUCGUAUUUGAUUCUGCAAAAUCUCUGCACAAAAAUGUCAAAGCUUUACAAAUUGCAAUGGACGAUGGGCUGCAAAGACAGAAGACUCUGCAGGGGUUUGCCCUUGUCCUUCAUGAGAUCUCCGUGGUUUGUGACACAAUGGCUUUGGAGGAACAGGGAAGGCAUGUGGAUCAGAAAAUAACAGUAUUGCUGAAAGGAAUCAUGGGACCUCUUUCACAGUUACAGCAUUUGGCUACAGAACUGGAAGCCAUGGAGACAGAGGUUAAACUGAUGGAGAAAAAUGUUGCAAAAAUAAGGACCAUUUUGUCUUCUGAUGACAUGGAUGAGAUCUCUCCAGAAGAACAUCUCAGAAACCGAGAGGUUAUCCUGGAAAACAUUCAGUCCAUGAAGAAGACCAUAGCUGAGAUAAAGAACUAUGAACCCAGAGAGGCGAUCGCUUCCUUAGCGGUUUUCAAAAGAGCAGAACACCUGUUGCCAGCAAUGGAGGAACUUGAGCACACGACUGUCCAGCAAAAUGCAGUGCUUCAGUCUGCGAUUGAGCAGUUGAUAGGACAGAGACAGGACAUGGCAAUAGCGGUCCAGGAGGAAUAUCCAGAUGAAAUGUCCACAAGUCCUGCCGGAUACACUCAACUGCCGACUGGAUGUAGGAUUCCCCAGAUACAAGCGGAAGGAGAGUCUGUAGACAGAUUGUACUAUGAGGGUUCAGAGGCAGGGUCUGAAGAUGGAGGCAGUACCAAGUCAUCUUCUUCUGAAACUCUGACUGGCAGCAUUCUGGAGGAACAUGAGGAAACUUUUACCAGUGAAGAUGCAACUGCUGUGGACACAGUGCAAAUGAGACCAGACAAUAAUGAAAUGUGUGAAACACAAGCUAUUCCUCAAGAAAUGGUACGCAGCGUUCUCAGUUUUGAACCUGAAGAACAUCAUACUCCAGAAGAUCUAAAUACUGAGAAUACAUCUUCAGUUCAACUGGAAGCAGAAGACGGUGAAAACAACAGCAUGCAGCCUGUCCCUCAUGAAGAGGCAGGACCAGGUGAGCUGCAGCAGUUGCCAGGCAGACCUGAGCCUCACAGUAUACUCCAUGUCUGCCGGGAGCGGGCAGCCCAGCUCCAGUUUUGGCUGGAGAAAGCCACGGCGACCUUCAGGGCUGACCGCCCGGACACGGAAAUGCAGCAAAGUGUGGAGCAGCAGCUUCUCAUGUGUCAGAGCAUAUUCCUGGAGAUUGAGCAGAAGGUAGCCUUCCUGUCAGACCUGGCCCAGCAGGAAGAGACCUGGUGUCAGGAGGGCACGGCCAGCACACACCAGGAGGCAGAGGCUCUCUCCUCCAAGCUCGAGGGCCUCAAGUCCAGCCUGGUGAAAUUUCAGAUGCUGCUGCAGGAACGCCACAACGAGGAGCAGGAUGGCAAGCAUCGCAGUGAGACCCCCCUGCGCCGCAGUGCAAGUGUGCAAGAGAUGCUGGCCUCGGCGAAGACAAAACUGAGCCGUCAGGACAGCCUGCAACAGCAAAAGGAGCUGGAAUUGGAGCUGAAUGAACAGAAAGACCUAACAAAGUACUUAGCCCUGCACGGAGAGAGGAUGCUGCUGCAGAAGCAGGGAGCUGACACACAGCGACAGCCUACUUUAAGGACCUCAGAUGAAGUUUCAAAGUCCCCCGAGGGGAGAUUCAUUAAACCGUUAACAGGAAUUGAAGCAUCAGCCCAUCAGUCUGAGGACCAAACCAGCGCAAAGUGGCAGCUCCUUCAGAAUAGCUUAUCCUCCAAACUGAAGACAUUGGAAGAAACUGCUCAUCAAGACUUGUUUUCUCAGGUAUCAGUAACAAUAAGAAGUUGCCCCAUUGCUGAUAAAUUGGCAAUUUACAACAUCAGAUCACCUAAUGUGCUGGAGUUAAAAACAUAUAUAAUUCAGCUGAGAGAACUCAGCCAGGAAGCCACUGUCAUCCUGUCACAGGCCUGUCCUUCAAAAGAAUCAUGUUCUAAACUGGAUCAAAAUCUUCACAAUGUUUUGAAUGGAACUAAUCUAAGCUUCAGCUGCAUUGAAGACAUGAUAUCCGGCUGUUACGAGAUGUCGAGGGAAGAUGCAAAACUGCAUCUCUCACAACUGGAGAACCUCCCUAUGGAAUUAGAUGACCUGCACACUGAACUAAGCAGCUCAAAAGAGCCCUUGGUCCAGUGUGUCAGCCUCGCUGGUGGAGAGGAGGCUGUGCUGUCUGCCUGCCUCAACAGUUUACAGUCCUGCCUCUGCCUGCUUCAGUCUUCUGUCUCCUCCAGAAGCACCCUGCUACAGGCCAGACUGAAUCACAUCACUGAUUAUCAGACUGAGAUAAGACAGAUGCAUGCUUCCUUGUGUGAUAAAAAGUCUGUUUUACUACAAGUUUUAAAUGAAGCAAGUGGCCAAAGCAUUGCUGUGCAACUGCAGGUGGCUGAACAGCUGGAGUAUGCCCUGCCUCCUGAGGAGUGCCAGGUCUCAGCUCUGAAGGAGCAGGGAGAGCGCCUUCACCUCCAGUCUGCUGUCAUUCAGGAGGUCUGUAAGCUGGAGGAUGUACUGGACAACACAUGGAGCACCCUGAGAGUCAGACGAGAAGAACUCAAAGAGAACCUUACCACUGAGAUUCAGUACGAGAGCCUGUUACAGGGCCUGUCCAACUUAGUGGACGCUGGUCACGAGAAACUCGCCCGCAACCAGCGCCUUGUCCUGCCAAGCCGUGCCGAGCUGAAGAACCACCUGAAGAAACAUAAAAAUUACUUCCAUAACCUUGGCAACCACCUGGCUGCUGUGGAGAGGUUCUCUCAGAAAGUACCAGUAGCUUUGGCAAGGAAGCAUGACAAGUUUUGGUUGGAUCUGGUGGAAGAAAUACGCUCUCUCCAGCAGCAAGCUCUUCAGCAUGGAAUACACAUCCAGAGCAUGUUACAAGCCUGGACCCAGUUUGACAAAAGUUCUACAGUGCUUUUAAAACAGCUGCAGGAACUGGAAGCCAGGAUACCUACAGUAGGACUGGUGGAGGAAUCUGAAGAGAGAUUACUAGAGCGACUUGCAAUCUAUCAGCAAAUUAAAGGUAGUCUGGAUGAAAAUUGCUCAAGACUCUCCCAUACACUAACAAAUGGGAAGAAACUGUUGACAGCAGUGAGCUGCACAGAACUGAAUUCGCUUCUGCGUCAGCUGGAGGAGAAGUGGCUGACUGUAAUGAAUAGAGUCGACCACGACCGCCACUGCUUAGAGAUGCUAACAAAAUACUGGAUAAGCUUUAGGAAGGGCUCCAUUGAGCUGAGCGUGUGGAUGACAUCUGCAAUGGACAGACUGAAGACUUUGAAACAGCAAUCCCUCAGUGUGCCUCAGGAUCUGGAGAAAGUGAGAGAUCACCUCGGACGAUUCCUGGAGUUCAUGAAGGAAGUGGAUGCCAAGUCGUCUCUGAAGUCGUCUGUGAUCAGCACAGGGAACCAGCUGCUCCAGGUGAAGCGGGCUGACACUGCCUCGCUGCAGAACCAGCUGGCUCGGUUUGAGCAGGGAUGGACGGAGGUUCUCACUCCCCUGCCAGGAAUCCAGGAGAAACUGCACCAGCUCCAGAUGGAGAAAGUGCCGUCUCAUCAGGCAAUCACAGAGCUGGAAACCUGGAUGAGCGAAAUUCAUGGACUUCUGAGAGGAGAUGAGGAAAAAAUCAGCUGUCUAUCUACUACAGCCAGUGCAAAAGAGAUUCUUCAAAAGUACAAGGACUACAAGACAGAAAUGAACUGCAAGCAACUAACCGUGGAUUUUGUGAACCAAUCAGUGCUCCAGAUCAGCAGUACCGACGUCCAAAGCAAACGCUACGACAUGGCAGAGUUUGCAGAGUGCCUGGGAGCCUUGAAUCUCCAGUGGCAGCUGCUACAAGAAGCUCUCAGCAGCAAGAUGCGACAUGUGGAACAUAUGCUUGAGGUGUUCACGGAAAAAGAGAGAAACAUGCAACUCAUCAGCAGCUGGUGCAAAGCACAGGAAGAAAGGAUUCUGGGAUUUCAGACACCUGCAAGCCUCGCCUCUGCUGAAAACGCGCUGAAGGAUUGUCGGGAAAUUGAAGAAAAGCUGAAGGUAAAAUCAAAAGAAAUCCAAGAACUUAAGCAUUGCUGCCUAUAUCCAGCUAAAGACAGCAGUGAACACCUGUACAUUGAUUAUAUUGCACAACUGGAUGAGCUCAAUGCUGACUGGACAAGAUUGAACAACCAGGUUAUUCAGACAAAAGCAUUGCUCCAGUCGACUGUGCAGCAAUGGAAAGCAUUUGAUGAAACAUUCCAAGAGGUGGACUUGAAUAUAGUCAAGGCCAGGUACAAGCUGGAGAGCAGUCAUUCCCCUGUGCUGUCUUUCCAAGCUCUGAAAAGUCAGGUGGAAAAGUUGAAGUCUCUGCAGGAAGAUACUGAGAAGAAUGAAGAGCAUUGGAAUGAACUCAGCAGUGUUUUCACCGCCCUUAAAACUAUGUGCAGCCCCACAGCAGUUAAGCUGAUCACUGAAAACUUAGAAGAUGCACGUACAAGGUGGACUGCAGCAAUUCAAGAAUCCUCAGAUGAGCUCCGAAAGGCUCAGAGUUUAUAUGAGCUUUGGCAGAAGUACAGGGAUCGCUUCGCUGACAGCGCCUUGCUGCUCAAGACACACGAAGAGGAGUGCAGUAAGCUUUUAAGCGCCGUUCCUUCAGAGGAAAGCACAGUGGAUUUCAUGCAGAGAAAGAUAGACACUAUUAACAAACUCGUGAAUGAGACUGAAAACAUGCAAAGCAACACAGCCCAGGUUUCAGAGACUUCGAAAGAACUAACCCAACAGGUGGAUCCCUCAGCAGCUAUAUUGAUUGAAUCUGAAGUAACAGACCUGUCCAACAGACUGGCGCAAUUGGGGAAGCUUCUUGCAAUUAAGCUGUCUGAGCAAAAGGAUGAACUCAAGCAAAUUGAAGAGUUCACCAGAUGCUUGGCAUCACUGGAACAUCACUUGAAAGACUCUGAAGGAGUCAUGGCAAGCACCAAGGACUCACACAUCAGUGACCCAAGCACCAUGGACCAGUCCAGGACACGGAUGCUAAAACUGAAUGCCAUGACCCCUGACCUAGAAUACUUGAAUGACCUCAGCUACAAGAUCCCUCUGAAUGACGUGAACAUCAAGAGAGUGCAAACCCUGAACAGACAGUGGGCUCAGGCCUCAUCCCGGGCUCUGGAGAGAUGCAGUGAACUACAGGGAGUCCUCUUACACAAGCAGAACUUUGUCCAGAAAUGUGAGAGCUGGAUGAGAUUCUUGGAGAAGAUGGAGGAGAGCUUGGCAGUGGACAUUGCUGGUUGCUAUGCAGGCCUUAAGGAACAGCAGAGAAUUCAUGAGUUGUUCCAAGCUGAAGUGUCAAUUGGUCAUCAAAUAUUGCAUUCAGUCAUCAAUGAGGCACGACACCUGCUUGAAAGAGGGGAGGUGGAAGACAGGAGUGAGUUUAUCUUGAAGUUAACCUUGCUUAAAGAGCAAUGGCAGGGUGCAGUACGCAGAGCUCAGCAAAGGAGAGGUGUCAUUGAGGGGCUUGUGAGGCAGUGGCACCAAUAUCAGGACUCCUUGAAAAAGCUGAAGACAUUCCUGUCUGACACUGCAAACCAGCUGCACCUCAGUGACAGCCAGGCCCACCACGGGCUUCACCAGACAAGGAGGGGGGUUGAAGAUAUUAAGCACAAAGAGAUGCUUUUCCAGCGCCACCAGUGCAGCUAUAUCCUGACCCUGGAGACAGGCAAGCAGCUCUUCUCCAUGGCAAACCCUGAGACUGAGACCCUGCUGCAGGAGGAACUGUGUGAGCUGCAGGAGAGCUGGGAACACACGGAAACCCUGCUGAAAGAGAAGAAGCAGCUAAUGAACACUGCUCUGGAGAGCUGGGAGAAUUGUGAAAAGAAAAUAAAUGAAUUUGGACGCAGACUUCAAGACAUCAAGAUUAAAGUGUCUGAACCACUUCCACAAGUGCAUGAAGAGUUACAAGUAACAGAAAAACUAACUAAGGAGGCAGAGGAAUCAUUAGAAGACUGGACUCGAAGCCUUGCAGAGCUGACCACUAUGAAGACAGACCUGUCCCAGUAUAUUAUCACAGAUGAUGUGGUGAUUCUGCAAGAACAGAUCCAACAUUUACACAGCCAAUGGGAUGAACUCUGUUUAAAAGUGUCUCUGAGGAAGCAGGAGAUAGCUGACAGGCUUAACGCAUGGAUCAUCUUCAAUGAAAAGAACAAAGAGCUUUGUGAAUGGCUGACACAGAUGGAAAACAAAGUAUCACACAAUGCUGCCGAGCUCAGCAUUGAAGAAAUGGUAGAGAAGUUGAAGAAGGACUGCAUGGAAGAAAUCAAUCUUUUCAGUGAAAACAAAACUCAUCUGAAACUACUGGGUGAGCAGCUGAUCAACGCCAGCAAUAAAACUAAGGAGACAGAAAUAAAUGACAAGUUGAAGGAUAUCAAUGACCGCUGGCAGCAUCUGUUUGAUCACAUCGAGGCAAGGGUGAAGAAACUGAAGGACACCCUGGUGACAGUCCAGCAGCUGGAUAAGAACAUGAGUAACCUCCGGACAUGGCUGUCUCGCAUUGAGGCUGAGCUCUCCAAGCCUGUGGUUUACAACAUCUGUGAUAACGACGAAAUCCAGAAGAAACUUUCUGAGCAGCAGGAUCUGCAGCGUGAUAUCGAGCAGCACACAGACGGCGUGGCGUCUGUGAUUAACCUGUGUGAUGUCCUCUUGCACGACUCGGAUGCCUGUGCCACUGAAACCGAAUGUGACUCCAUCCAACAGACAACCACGAGCCUGGACAGGCGAUGGAGGAAUAUCUGUGCCAUGUCAAUGGAGAGAAGAAUGAAGAUUGAAGAAACCUGCCGGCUUUGGUCCAAGUUUCUGGAUGAUUAUUCUCGUUUUGAAGACUGGCUGAAAACAGCUGAGAGAUGUGCUGCCUGCCCCAACUCUGCAGAAGUUUUAUACACCAGUGCAAAAGAAGAACUGAAGAAAUUUGAGGCGUUUCAGAGACAGGUUCACGAGAGGCUCACCCAGCUGGAGCUGGUGAACAAGCAGUACCGACGACUGGCUCGAGAGAACCGCACCGACGCGGCCAGCCGGCUAAAGCUUAUGGUCCACGAGGGAAACCAAAGAUGGGACAAUCUCCAGAAAAGGGUCACUGCCAUUUUGAGAAGACUGAAGUACUUCACCUCUCAGCGGGAGGAGUUUGAAGGAACACGGGACGGCAUCCUUGUGUGGCUGACUGAGAUGGACCUGCAGCUGACCAACGUUGAGCACUUCUCAGAGAGCGACAUCGAGGACAAGAUGAGGCAGCUUGACGGAUUUCAGCAGGAGAUCACCCUGAACACCAAUAAGAUUGACCAGCUGAUUGUGUUCGGGGAGAACUUGAUCCAGAAGAGCCAGCCUCUGGAUGCCGUGCUGAUUGAGGAUGAGCUCGAGGAACUUCACACCUACUGCCAGGAAGUGUUCGGGAGAGUUGCUCGCUUCCACCACAGACUCAUCAACAAGGGCCCUGUCUUGGAAGAUGAAAAGGAGUCCUCUGACAGGGACACAGACCUUGAAGACUCGGCAGAGCUGCAGGGUAUCAGCUGGCAGGAGAAGAUGGGGCCCGAGGCCUCUCCCUCUCGCCAGUCCAUGUGUCAGCUGAUGCCCCCAAUGCCUGGACAGGAGCGGUCUGGCCGCGAGACCCCCGUCAGCGUGGACUCCAUCCCACUGGAGUGGGACCACACUGUCGACGUGGGGGGCUCUUCAUCCCACGAAGAUGAGGAAGAGCCAGUUUACUACAGCGCACUGUCAGAUGUAGAAAUCGCUGAAAAUCCAGAGUCCUUUGUUAAAAUGACUUCCAAAACAUUGAAAGCAACUUCUGUAAAAAGCCCCUCUGAGCCACCGAGCUGGCACUCGCCUGAUCACCAGGACAGCAGGAAGCAGAGAAUCCAGACCGAGAUCAUUCGGACCCUCUCCUCCACCUCCCCAACCACUAGCACCCCUUACAAAAUGGGAUAUGUUAAGUUGAUGUCUGAGUGCAGUGGCAGCAUCGAUAGUGUAAAACGAGUCAAACUGAUACUGAACAAUGAAGAACAACUGGAAGAGCAAGGGCUUGUAGGCCUGACCACUGCAGAGAAACAGUCAGGUGUUAUUGAGCGCUGGGAGCUGAUUCAAGCCCAGGCCCUCAGCAACAAACUGAGGAUAAAGCAGAAUCUACAGCAGUGGCAGCACCUCAACUCUGAUCUUGAUGACAUCACUUCCUGGAUGAAACAAAUUGAGCCUGAACUGGACGAGCUACAAAAACUAGAGUCUUCCACAAGCAUUCAGGAUAUAGAAGGCAACAUUAAGAAACUCAAAGAAAUUCAGAAGGCUUUUGAUAACUACAAGUCGGUAGUCAUCUCCCUCAAUCUGAUCAGCAAAGACUUCCAGCAGGCAGACAGUGCCAAAUCUCAGGAGCUGCAUGACAGGCUGGGACUAACGAACCAGAGCUGGGUGCGAGCAUGCAAUAAACUGGACUGCUGGAAAGAGGGAUUGCAGACCGCACUUAUGCAGUGUCAGGACUUUCAUGAAACCACACACGAUCUUCUGCUGUGGCUUGCACAUGCGGUGAGCAGAAGGUACACCGUUGAUCUCGCUGAUUCCAAUAUUGAGUCCUGCCUUCUUCAGGAACAUCGAAAAACACUAAUGCAGCUGGAAGAUGACUUGCUGGAAAAGCAGUUGCAGGUCAGUUCUCUGCAGGAGAUCUCUACCCAUCUUUUGGUAAAAGCCGAUGAGGAAGACCACAUAGAAGCCAAAGAAAAAGUGCAUGUCAUUGAAAACAAGCUGAAGCUGCUCCUGCGGGAGGUUUCUUGGGAUAUGCAGACGAUUCAGAAGAAACUGGAUACAUGCUCUUCCUUUGCAUCUCUGGAUGAAGUAGACCGCAGCGAUACUGCAAUGACCAGCACUCCACCUUCCCAAAUCAAGGAGGCAAGUGAGGAAACAAUAACAGCAACCAAGGCCUCCACGAAUACCAGGACUGGGAGACGGGAGUCCUCCCCGCCACGCUCCUUCUUUUACCGUGUGCUGCGGGCGGCCUUCCCCCUCCAGGUACUCUUCCUCCUUCUCCUGGUACUCGCCUGCAUGGUGCCACUCACUGAGGAAGACUACAGCUGUGCCCUGUCAAACAACUUUGCAAGGUCCUUCUACCCCAUGCUGAGAUACACCAACGGACCCCCCCCCACAUGAGGGGGAAAGCGUCUGGAAAAUGACGUCACAAAGCACCUUGGAUUCCCACACUGCUGAAAACACUGUAAACAGUGAUUACUGUACCAUAUACCCUCAGUAUGGAAUCAGUCACUCUUAAAAGAGUACACAGAGUCCUUCAGCUGCUGAAAAGUAGCCUCUCACACAUAUGUAUUGAGCUUAGGAAUACAGCCUAUAUUUAAAAAGAAUUGUACAUAACUGCAUAUUCACGAUUCAAUGAAUGUCAGUGUUUUAAGUUUACUUUAAAGUAUUCUAAGAAAUUGUCUCAUUGUUUAAUAUUUGGGAGUGAUGCUUGAUUUAAGAUGUCCUCCAAAGGCUGUAUGGAGAUUAACAGAAAUGUACAUUAAAAAAAUAAAAAAUAUCCAAAGUAUUUUUUAAAGUUCACAGAAGCCCCUAUUUACUGUAUACCAACAUGGACAUGCACUAUAUUUAAAUCUACAAUGGAAUGUGUAAAGCAAAGAAAUUACAUUGUUUUAAAUACUGGGGGGAGGUCUUUUCAGAAAAGGCUUUAUUAAUGAAAGUAGCUGGUAUGUGUCCAGGGCAGUUUUAAUUUAUUAUUACCCAGUGACUGACACUUUUCAACACCCUCCUUCAGCAGGUUCUGGUCCGUGUUAAAGAAACGAUGUAUCUAUCACCGUUGGUUGAAUUGUUUUUAACUUGAUGGAACCAAGAAUACAAAAGCUUAAGGCCUAAUAAUGGAACAUGUGCAUUUCUGUCACAGUUCGCUGAAGAGUCUCUAGUUUUAGUUUCUACAAGUAUUUGUUUCCAGUCUAUUUUUGCAUGAGGUCUCAUAUACUGUACCCAUUUCUGCCAUUCACUGGGUUUUAGUUUAAAGACAACAUGUAAUAAUAAUGUAUGCUAAAUGCUGAAUGUUGUAUGGUGUUUUGGAAAUUGUGUUAUCAUGUGUGACAACUACUGUAAUGAGGUGGGGGUCAGGGACAAAUAGAAAGCAAUGGUGUGUACAGUAUUUGAUUAUAUUUUAAAGAAGCUAUUUAUGGGAUGUACAAUGUAAACCUCUUUACUGUCAAUAAACCAGCUUAUGGCCAUGUUCGUCAAACUAA